ACUUUACUCUUCAAUAAUUUACUAACACAAGCUGUUACGGGAGGAGGAGAGGCAGGGAAAAAACAGCAACAACAGCAGCAAAUUUAGCGUAGUAAUAUGGCAGCUGCAACAUCUGCUACAGCAGUAGUAAAUGGAUUCACCUCACCUUUCUUGUCUGGUGGCAAGAAGAGUAGUCAGUCUCUCUUUGUAGCUAUCAACAACAAAGUUGGCACUGGUGCUGGUGCCGGUAUUUCUACCACCAGGAGGGUGGUUGUGGCAGCAGCAGCCGCACCCAAGAAGUCUUGGAUUCCUGCUGUUAAAGGAGGUGGCAACUUCGUCGACCCUGAGUGGCUUGAUGGCUCACUUCCAGGAGACUUCGGGUUCGACCCACUAGGCCUAGGGAAGGAUCCAGCAUUUCUAAAAUGGUACAGAGAGGCAGAGCUAAUCCACGGGAGAUGGGCGAUGCUAGCAGUUGUUGGUAUCUUAGUGGGGCAGGCAUGGAGUGGUAUCCCAUGGUUUGAGGCCGGUGCAGACCCAGGAGCCUUGGCUCCAUUUUCAUUCGGAACAUUGCUCGGGACCCAACUCUUGCUCAUGGGUUGGGUAGAAAGCAAGAGAUGGGUUGAUUUCUUUGACCCGGAUUCACAAUCAGUGGAAUGGGCAACCCCAUGGUCAAGAACAGCUGAAAACUUUUCAAAUGCAACAGGGGAACAAGGUUACCCUGGUGGCAAGUUUUUCGACCCGCUAAGCUUAGCCGGAACCAUUAACAAUGGUGUAUAUGUUCCAGACACAGAGAAGCUGGAAAGACUGAAGUUGGCUGAGAUCAAACAUUCUAGACUUGCUAUGUUAGCUAUGCUCAUUUUUUACUUCGAAGCUGGGCAAGGGAAAACACCCCUUGGAGCUUUGGGUUUGUAAACAAGGAUUGAUUCCCUUUAGUUGAGAAAUUAAUCGAGUGUAAUUAAGUGAAGAAAUCUUAAAUGAGAACAUGACAUUUGUUCCUUUA